GUCUGAACCGAUUUAGCCAAGGCUGUGUGUAACACGAUAAAAUGAUUACACGACACUUUUCAACCACCUUCGUUUAAGUCCUUUACUUUUUCGUGAGUCUGUGUAGUAAGAGAGUGCACAAAAAUCUGUACGGAAAUGCCUGAAAAAUUGGAUUACGUAACGACCCUUUCCCCUGAAAUUCUAGAAAAAGUUGAAAAAGAACUCGGAGAAGAUGAGCAUCGACGAACUGAAAGCGUUUUGGCACUCCGCGAAUGGGCUAAGAAACAACCUCAUUUACAGUCGAUGCCAUUAGACGCCAAAUUCCUGUUGAGAUAUUUACGCGGAUGCAAGUACAGCAUGGAGAAAGCGAAGAAGAAGUUGGACCUGACUUUGACUUUCCGCACGGCUCUUCCGGAAUUCUUCGACGGAUGGGAUCCGCUUUCACCCGAAAAUCAAGCCGCUCUUAGUUCAGGAGGAUCCCUCCCUUUGCCGGGCUAUGACCACCAAGGGCGUAGGGUGGUGCUGCUCCGACCCGCCUCGCACGACCCCGCCAAGAUUAAGAUCGAAGUUGUCCAACGCGUUAGUUUUAUGGUGUGGGAGAUCAUGGCUGACGAGGACGAGCAAAUGUUCAUCACUGGCAUCACGUUGCUCAUGGACUUGACCAAUUUUGGAAUGAAUCACUUCACAGCGAUGCCGCUUUCCGUGGUCAAAAAGCUGAUGCCUUGCUGGGAGGAUGCUAAUCCGCUCCGCCCCAAAAGUAUGAACUACAUCCACACACCAUCCAUCUUCAACUUGAUCAACAAUCUUGUCAAUACCGUCAUGAAGGAAAAAAUGAAACAGAGGUUGCGCGUACACGGUGAAGACAUGGAGUCGCUCUACAAGGAAAUCAACAAAGACAUUUUGCCCAAAGAUUACGGUGGUGAAAAUUUGUCCGUUGAUGAGCUAACCGCUCUUUGGAAGAAGAAAUGUGAAGAUCGUCGAGACUAUUUGAUUGCGACGUCCAAAAUGAAAUCAGACGAAGCCAAACGUCCCGGCCGACCCAAAACAUCCGACGAAUUGUUCGGAAUCGAGGGAUCCUUCCGGAAACUCAACGUCGAUUAAGGAAACACCUUGACAUCAUAGAUGAUAGGCUAUGCAACGCAUUUAUUGGGGUUUCCUUUCAUUCCAUUUAAUUAAUUUGUACUUUUGUCUCUGUACCGCAGAAUGCAACUUUUAUUUUGGGUCA